GGGAGAGAGGUGGAAGAAGAGAGAGAGAGGUGGAAGAAGAGAGAGAGAGGAGAGGAGGAGAGCUGUAUUUGUAAAGUCAGAGAAAAGCUGAGAGUGGCAGAAGAAAGUUGACACCGUGUAAGAUGCACUGCAGCCGCAACAAGGAUUAAUGAGACCUUCUCCUGCCUGCGAGGAGGAGAGAGCGAGCCGAGCAGGAUGUGAGAGAGGAUGCUGUGCAGGGGAAAGGGCAGUCUUUGACGAGGCAUGCAUACCGCUGCUGCUGCCAGGCUGCACAGGUGUAAUAGGUGCACCCGCAUGCAUUCACAGCCGCAUCAGCAGCACAGCUCGACGGAGGGAUGCCGACAAGUUUGACUCUCAGUAACCCAACGCUCACAUUCCGUCCCUCGCACAAACACGUGUAGGAUGCAUACAAUCUAGACGUACACACUCACAUAUAGGCUACUCACACACCUUCUGCACAUGCCCACGCUAAGCGCAAGCACAUCAGUGGAUCCGUGUGUAGCAGCGUUCAGUCGUGUGGAUGGUUAAAACUGGGAAGCUGGAUUCCCCCGUUUCUUCUCGGAGGAUUCAUCCCGAGGACAGGACAGGACUGAGCAGGACGAGUUUAAGGUAAAGACAUCCUCAUCCUCAUCAGAGUGGAUAGAGAGCUGCCUGACUCCUCAUCUGUCCCGAAUGAAACUCUCUUAAGGUGGACGGGGUACAUUAAAAGAAUUACAUGUCCCAAAGGGGCGCUGUCGUGGCAAGCAGCAAACCCACGGCCAUAAAUCAACACUGGAGAACUCUGAUUUCUUCAUUAUUGCUUCUUGCGGCAACAACAGAGAAACAGACAUGUUGGCAGGCCUGCUGACCUGCGGAUGUGCACCAUAGGAUUCUAUUUCUGGAGCCUCAUUGCUUUUACAGAUUAACUGCCCUCAAAUAUGGCCCCAAUCCGUUCAUUGCGCCACUAGUUUGACUGCUGCCGGAGGUUGCGCAUAUUCAAGCUUCAAAACACCCCACUGUGCGUCAGUCCAGUCAUCUGAAGCCCGCUGCCUUUAGCCUGCUUUUUUUUUUUUUUUUUAAAGUAGUGUCAGUACGAACAAACACAUGACAGACAGCCUGAAAGUCAUUUUUGUUUUUCUCUUCGCAAUCAUUUCUCAGCUCACAAGUCAUUUCUCAUUUUCAUCCAAAACAGUUGAAAGGACAGAUUGACGUUCAAAGCUUUAAUGCUAAUAACGUGACACUGUGCUUAGAUUAAGACUUCAUAUUAUAUUGCAGGAGACAUUUUUCAUGAGUUCCUGUCCUGAGGGCAAAUCACGCUGAAAUCCCAUUGCCCAGUGUUUUCAUUAGCCUGUCUGGGGCUAAUCAAGGUCCUCCAUCAUCAGAAUUGACAUUACCAUAUUGGAUGAGAGAGAAAGUAGCCAACAUCAGCAUAUUCAUGAACACUGACGCACUCAAUCAUGUGAAAUGGAAGACAUGGGGCAAACCCUGAGCCAUCAAGCCCUGAAACAAAUAGCUUAUGACAUGUGAGGAAAAGAGGAUCUUGAGUCCUCCAAUGCAUCUUCAGCACAUCCCAUAGAACACAAAAGAAGGCUACUACUGGCACAUUACGGAUAUUUCAUAAACCUGGCAUGUCUUGUUGACCUCUGGCCUAAAGCCUAUAAUAAUAGAGAAAUUAAAGAAUAGGAUUAAAGAUGGAUUAUCACUGAAAAACUAAAGCCACCAAAGCAGCUGCCUUUGCAUAAGUCCAUCGGACACUCUUCAGGGAGACACUCUGCGGACUGAUUUGUAGAUUACAUUUGGUUGUUGAUGCGGUGGCCUCUUGUGUUGUUGGCAUUAAAAGAGAGGGAUGGAGAAUCUAGAUGAGCUGGAGCACCCUCUUCUGGGAGAAAACCCCAAUAACAUUCGGGCAUCAGGGCCAGGGCUGGGACCCGGGACUGGACAGGCCCCUGGCGGGAUGUUCAAGGGCAUCUUGGUCAAGUGUGAGGAGGACAGGGCCUACCCUCCUUUAGCGUGGAGGAGCUAUUGUGGACAUCCUCCUGAGCUUCAGCAGCAGCAGCUACUGGACCCUUGCUCCUUGCCUCGCACACUGGAGUCCUUCUAUCCAUCAGCACCCAUUUGGGGCCAUGCUGACUCCCUGCUCAGCAAAGACUACCUGGAGACCACCUUUGUGGACAUUCGGCCCGGUUCCACACUGGAGAGGAAGCUGCUGGCUGAAACGCAGGACUUCCACAGUGUGGCCUACAGCAUGGAUGAUGAGGAUGACCUGCUUCCCGACUCUGACGACUCAUCCAUUGAUGACUUCAGUGAUACAGACAGUGAGAGCAACUUCCCUCUGAUGAUCCCGCAGGACUACCUGGGUCUGGCCUUCUUCUCCAUGCUCUGCUGCUUCUGGCCCUUGGGCAUCGCUGCCUUCUACCUUUCACAGAAGACCAACAAGGCAUCCGCUCAGGGGGAUUUUCAGGGGGCCAACGCAGCAUCUCGCCAGGCUCUGUGGCUCUCAGUGCUCUCCAUUGUGUUUGGAAUCAUAACGUACAUCUGUGCCAUCGCUGCACUGAUUUCCUACCUGUCUGGAAAACCACCAUAAAAGCAACUCUUGCACAAACACACACACACACACACACAAAAAACAGACCUCUCACGAAUUUCAUCUAUAUCAACACAACAUAUCACCUGUAAAUGCAAAAUAAUCACAGUCUUUGUCUUCAGUCAUGUUAUAUCUACACCUGGAAAAAGGACAGGAGAUGUGGUGUAUAAAUUAUAAUCACUUCUAUUUGGAUUAAGACAUAGUUCAGCUCAGAGGACAUUCCUCAAGUGUGAAGAAAAAUCAUUGAAAAAGAAGUUAUACGAUAUCACUCCUUAUAGAAGAUCCAGUCUGUAAAUGUGAUUUAUUUUGUCACCCGAGGAUUUAAGUUACCUGCCAUCCUUUAAAUCUGUGGUGUAGUCGUCAUCAGGUUACCGAAUUAAAAAAAAAAGAAGAAAAAAAGACUGAAAACAAAUUCAGAUGUUAUCACAAGACUGUCGAUAUCAGACUAAUGAGAAGCAGAAAGAGAAGUGAGGGGACAUGUGACUUCGUCUGCCUGGGAGGAGCCGAAUGGAGGGCGGUAUACGGCGAUGGAGUCUGCAGAUUUAUGAGAAGGUCGCAGCAAGGACGUGGCAGCAGCUAAAUACUGAUGGACCUCACUGUGGGAGUGCCUGAGCCAGUACUGUUGUUUGUGGUGUGAAAGCUGGGGACAGCUUUAAGAGCCUCAGAGCUGUUUUUUUUUUAUGAGGGGCCAGAAGCAAUAUUCUUUCAGAGAACCCAGAAUUUGUUGCUACUCCUCUGGCCAGAGAGAGACUCACAGGGAAACACUGCACUGAUCAACCCAUCCUGGUUUCACAUUCAGCAUCACUCAUUGUUUACCUGCAGAAAGGACUGAUUCUGCUUUGUUUAAUGCCAAGUUAAUCUUUAUGUUUGAAAUACACAAAAAACUAAAUGACAAAUACAUAUAGUGCCAUUAUAUAAGAUAAUAUAAAUGAGGAGUUGAGGAGUUUUCAAAAUAAAUGCAAAGUCGUGAUGUGAAGCACUGGCUCUGUAUAUAGAAAUAAAGGAGUUGCUUCUGUAUACAGUGCUAGGAAAUGAUGACAUAGACAGAGAGGUGCAGACCUGCAAGUAAAAGUGCCAAAAAUAUGGAAGAAACUCUAAGGAUGAUCCUUUUAUGAGCUGUUCCAUUAAUAGAAGCAACCAGGCUGCUACUCCACGCUCUCCAGAUAUAGAUUCUGCUAGUUUCGCCUCCAAAAAGACGACUGAAAUCCUUCAGGAACUUGCUUUUUGCAGUAUGACAAACUUGAAAAUGAAGUUGUCUGCUCAAACUUAUGUAAGCAAACACAGAAACACUUUGUUCGGAUGAGCAAAGGGGUGGAAAAAUGUUGCAAAAAGUAGUCUAGCGAGACAUCUAGCGCUCAGCCAUAUGAUGCAUGAGUCAGGAAAACCAUUUCGGUCACCUGCAUGGCCAGUUUGUAGUUUGCCAUGUACAAACCUGCUUCGCUCACUUCCUUUAUUUGGUCCCGAAUUACUGCAAAAAAUGCUCUAAUGAAAGAAAAACUCUGGCCAUAUUGGUUUGAGCUUAAACGUGCCAUUAACAAAACAGUGAACAAGGGAACUCAACGUAAAUAUUAAAAAAAAAAGACUGUAAGGUAAAAGUUGACAUUUUCUAUUUAGAUGUCUAGUUUUUAUAGAGUCCCUGGCUGAACUGCAAAUAACUCACUUUGUUUUCUGCAAACCCAGUGUUGUAUCAAGACUGAGCUGAUAAUAUAUAAUGAUCACUGUAGAUGGUAUAUGUAGACACACCUCUCAGUGUCUAACCCUCGUCAGCUAUCACUGUUGAUGUGCUAUGAUGCAGCUGCACUGAGUCCACACAGUUUUGUACAGUUCUGACAAUCUUGAACCAUCCUCUGUCUCCACUGGACAUUUGUGUCAAUGAUAAAAAACUACCGUUUGUUGCUACAGCUGAAUUAUCACAAUUAGUGAUUUCUUUGAACAUUUAAUGUUGGAUUACCUCGACUGGUCACGCUGUCAUGCAACUGGCUGCAGUCAGAUUUGUCUCACUUUGUAUCACUUGUAUAGAUUGUCAAAAAAAGGUGAAA